AUGGCACCGUGUCGGCCGAGGAGCAUCAGGAGGGGCUGCCAGAGAGUCCUGUACUGGAUCCCAGUCCUGUUCAUCGUCCUCAUAGUGGCCUGGUCCUACUAUGCGUUUGUUCUGCAGCUCUGCAUAGAAUCCAUUGAAGACACCGGAGAAAAGGUGGUGUACCUGCUGGUUUACCAUGUUCUUUUCAUCAUGUUUGUGUGGGCAUACUGGCAAACCAUCUUUACAAAGCCCCUGAAUCCACUGAAGGAGUUUCAGCUGUCCAACUCUGACAAGGAGCUGCUGGAGCGUGAAGAUCGAGGGGAAUCUCAGCAGGAAAUCCUGAGGAGAAUAGCAAAAGACUUGCCCAUCUACACUCGCACAAACUCUGGAGCUAUUCGUUUCUGUGAGCGCUGCCAGCUGCUGAAGCCUGAUCGAUGCCACCAUUGUUCAGUUUGUGAUAAAUGCAUCCUGAAGAUGGACCACCACUGCCCCUGGGUGAACAACUGUGUGGGAUUCUCCAACUACAAGUUUUUCAUGCUGUUCCUGGUGUACUCUCUGCUCUACUGUCUUUUUAUAACUGCAACAGAUCUUCGGUACUUUAUCAAGUUCUGGACAAAAGGCCUCCCGGAGACUCAGGCGAAGUUCCACAUUCUGUUCCUCUUCUUCUCUGCCUCCAUGUUUUCUGUCAGCCUGGCUUCACUCUUCAUCUAUCACUGCUGGCUCAUCUGCAAGAACAGAUCCACACUGGAGGCUGUUCGUGCUCCAGUUUUUCGUCAUGGCACAGACAAGAAUGGGUUCCAUCUUAGCUUUAGCAAGAACUUUCGCCAGGUCUUUGGUGAUGAAGUGAAAUACUGGCCUAUUCCCAUUUUCUCCAGUUUAGGAGAUGGCUGCUUGUUCCCAACAUGCCUGGUGAAUCUGGAUCCUGAGCAGCCCUCAUCACCCAUCAGGUCCAGUUCUGGCAACAAGAGUGCAGCAGAGGGUCGCCAGUUUCCCUCCGAACCCUUGAGAGAGAGUCAGAGCCGGCUGCUCUCCAGCACCCCCUCCUGGUCAGAGGGUGAAGGGGCAGCGGACAAGGACAAGAAGGGUGCCAGUAACCCCGUGAUGACCGUAGAGAAUGAGACGUAACCAGCUGACCGCUUCAAACCAGAACAGAAUCCACAACAAAUCAUUUUGUAUAAAUGCUUCAUCUUCCAGGUGUAUGUGGCCCGUCUUCGUGCCUAUCGGAACUUGUGAUGCAGACAUCCCAGCUUUUUCCCCCCAUCAUGCAUCUUGGUGACAGCGUUACACG